AGGGAGGCGGGGGUGGGGCGGUCCCUCGGACUCGGACUGUGCCCAGGCAGGGCAGCGAGAGGCGGCCCGGCGCGGCGCGCUAGCACUGCUCGGUCUGACCCAGCCGGCGCAGCUGCCCGUCCCCCCGCGCCCCGCGCCCCGGGCCGGACCCCAGCCCCAGCCAUGCCGGAGCAGCUCAGCGUCGCCGAAUUUCUGGCGGUCACCGCGGAAGACCUUAGCUCCCAGGGUGGCCCCGCCGCGCUCGCCUUCGCCGCCAAGAUGCCCCGAUGCCGGGGGGCGGCUCUGGCCCGGGAGGAGACCCUUGAAGGGGACCAGGCCAUUUUGCAGCGAAUAAAGAAAUCAGUCCGGACUAUUCAUAGCUCUGGCCUUGCCCAUGUGGAGAAUGAGGAACAGUACAGCGAGGCCCUGGAGACUUUCGGUAACAGCCACCUCUCACAGAACAACCAUGAGUUGUCCACAGGCUUCCUGAACUUGGCUGUGUUCACCCGUGAGGUGGCUGCCCUCUUCAAAAACCUGGUGCAGAACCUGAAUAACAUUGUCUCUUUCCCCCUGGACAGCCUGCUAAAGGGACAGCUGAGGGAUGGCCGACAGGAUUCCAGGAAGCAGGUGGAGAAGGCGUGGAAAGACUAUGAAGCCAAAAUGGCCAGGCUGGAGAAGGAGAAGGAGCGGUCCAAAAUGCCUGGAGGGGGUCCUGGAGAGGCAGCUCAGGACACCCAGAGAGAGCGGCGCGUCUUCCAGCUGCAUAUGUGUGAGUACCUGCUAAAAGCCAGUGAGAGCCAGAUGAAACAAGGUCCUGACUUCCUGCAGAGCCUCAUUAAAUUCUUCCACGCCCAGCACAACUUUUUCCAAGAUGGCUGGAAGGCAGCUCAAAGCCUGUCUCCCUUCAUAGAGAAAUUGGCAGCCUCAGUACAUACGCUGCACCAGGCCCAUGAGGAGGACAUUCAGAAGCUCACACAGAUCCGGGACUCUCUCCGGGGUGCCCUGCAGCUGGAGAGCAGAGAGGAAAGCUCAAGUCGGAAGAACUCUGGGAGUGGCUACAGCAUCCACCAGCACCAAGGGAAUAAGCAGUUUGGUACAGAGAAGUCGGGCUUUCUGUACAAGAAGAGUGAUGGAAUUCGGAGAGUUUGGCAGAAGAGAAAGUGUGGAGUCAAGUAUGGUUGUCUGACCAUCUCUCACAGCACGAUAAAUCGGCCGCCAGUGAAGCUCACGUUGCUGACCUGCCAAGUGAGGCCAAGCCUGGAGGAGAAGAAGUGUUUUGACCUAGUGACCCAUAACCGGACGUACCACUUUCAAGCUGAGGAUGAGCAUGAGUGUGAGGCGUGGGUGUCCGUGUUACAGAACAGCAAAGAUGAGGCCCUGAGCAGUGCCUUCCAUGGGGAGUCAGGAGGUGGACUUCAAGGGAGCCCAGCGGGGGCCGGACUGGAUGGGGACCUUCGAGACCUCACCAGGCUGGUCAUUGCUGAGAUCAAAAGCAGGCCUGGAAAUAGCCAAUGUUGUGACUGUGGAGCAUCAGACCCCACGUGGCUCAGUACCAACCUGGGCAUCCUCACCUGCAUCCAGUGCUCAGGCGUCCACCGGGAGCUGGGUGUGCGCUUCUCCCGAAUCCAGUCACUCACCCUGGAUGUGUUGGGGCCUGCAGAGUUGCUGCUGGCUGUUGGCAUUGGAAAUACACAGUUCAAUGAGAUUAUGGAAGCCCAACUUACUUCAAAUGGUGCUACCAAACCCUCGAGUGAAAGUGACAUGAGCACCCGAAGAAACUACAUUGUUGCCAAGUAUGUGGAACACAGGUUUGCUCGCCGAGGUGGGUAUGAGCCCCACAGACUCUGGACGGCAAUCUGCAACCGGGACCUCCCAGCUGUACUGGAAGCAUUUGCCAAUGGCCUGGACUUUGGGCAGCCACUGCCUCGGCCAGAUGGGCAGACUUCCGGAGAGCUGGCCCUGCACUUGGCCAUCCGCCUUGCCGACCAGACCUCCCUUCCCCUGGUGGAUUUCAUCAUCCAGAAUGGAGGCCACGUGGAUGCCAAGGCCCUGGAUGGGAACACGGCUCUGCACCUCGCUGCCCUGCACAACCAGCCGGACUGCCUCAAGCUGCUGCUCAAAGGGAGAGCCUCCGUGGGCACAGUUAAUGAUGCAGGUGAUACUGCCUUAGAAGUGGCCCGGAAAAACCAGCACAAGGAGUGUGAGGACCUGCUGGAACAGGCCCAGGCUGGGACCCUCAUCCUUCCAUUCCACAUAGACUAUCCCUGGGGGGUUUCUGUGGACCCUGGAUCUGAGAGUGAGGAGGAGGAAGAAGAUAAGCGCUGCCCCAUCAAGCUCCCAGCCCCAGCUAGGCCCCGGUGGGGCUGUACAGGUCUGGACAUAAGCAACAAGACCUAUGAGACCAUCGUCAGCCUGGGCCCCUCCCAGGCCAGCAACAGAAGAAGCCACACGGAAGAGCUCCCUCCCCCUCUCCCUGUCAAAAGCCCUUCCCGGGCCUCCUCCCAAGGUCGGAUAGGACAUGGGAGUGGAGAUGGCCCGGAAGUUCUCAGCCCAGGCUCGGAGCCACCUGGAUCCCUGGAGUCUCCAUCUGUGUUCAGUCCAUCCACCUCCAGCAUCUCCAGCCCCACAGAAAGCAUUCUUGCCCGGCCAACCAGCUGCAGCUCCUCAGGUCCCCGAGUCCUAGGCCAGACAGAGGCCUGCUCAGAGGAAAGCCUCUGGGAGUCCUCAGGAACAGCCCAUCCCCUCUCGCCCUCAGGGGCCACCUCUCCUGAGCAGCUUCCCCCAGUCAGGUUCAGCUCAGAGAGCACUCGGUCCUAUCGCCGAAGCGGUCGAGGCCUGGAAGACACCCCCUCGGUCAGGCAGCUGCCCCCUGGGCCUGUGGCCAGAAGAGCUGUGUCGAUCCCCCUUCCUGGACAGCCCCAAGGGAAAUCAAAAAGAACCAAGUCCCUGACAGACAGCCGGAUUGAGGACACCCGAUCCCCUCCCACCUUCUCCCAGGGGGAAGUGAAUGUAGCUCCUUAUGCUGAGGAUGAGAAGAGCUGGGAUGGCGUCACUGAAGUCGAUGGCUCCAAAGCCGGACUCCACCUGGCCAGUUCUGUGAAACUUUCACCAGACUGACCCCACCUCCAGUAUCCUGCCCGGGCUGGGCUUGGGCUGUCCCCUUCAAAGUAGCUGGCACUUGGAUCUGCGGUGAGCUCAGAGGAUCAGGUAUCCAGGGGGCUUGCUUGGUUCUAAAUUCCUCCUGCGGACCACCUCCUGGCACGGAACUCACUCAAACUUAGGGUCAUUCCGAGGCAGUGGCUAUUGGGGAGGAGACGCUGGGAAGAUUUGGAGUCGACUUUCCAGCUGCAUCCAGGACCCCCACAUCCCCUGCCCCCCACCCCAUCCUUGGAUCACUAUUUCUGUUUCAACAUUGUCACCAGUGUGACAAUCCCAGGUGAGAGGCUAGUCUUGGCUAUUUUUCUUUGCCCAGCAUGGCUUUGGCGGUGGAUUCAAGAAUAGGAAUUUGCUAUGCCAGACACUCACCUAACAGACUGAAAACUGAUUCUCUACCCCAACCCCUCCCCCAAGACAAGGACUGCAUCUGUCCCAUCAAAUAUGGGGGGGGGGGUUGUUCUUCUAAGGGCUGGGCUAUGUAUUGCCACCGCUUAUUCAUUUAACAAACAUUUCCUGACCCCUUUGUGCUGGACCUUACACAGAGGAAUCAGUCUCUACCCUCAAGUUUACCUAAGAAAGCUUAUAGUGUCCAGAAGGUAGAGAUUGUCUAUCUUCCAUGAGGCCCAAGGGAGAGGCCUCUGGGCUCAGAGAUUAUUCAGGCUAGGCUGUCUCUGGGGCUGGUCCUUGAAUCCUGGCUGUGGGACAGUUCAGGUGAAGGGGAGAAAGGGGGCAGGGUUGAGGUUACCAGACAGGAGGGUUAUCCAGGGUUGGGUAAACAAAGCCAGAGUUCUGUCCCCCAAUGUAGAAAAUAGGAAGACAUUUCCCCCAGUGCUCAGGUCAGGGAAAGGAAGAAAGGGGAAAGGGAAAGCAGGGACGUGUCUCUGUCUCUGUCUCCCCUCUUUCUACUCCAGCCAGUUCUGAUUUCAACAGCUCAGAGGAGUUUUCUUGCCUGGGAGGAGGAAGAAAAGGGAAGGGGUAUUUGUGGGUAUAUAUGACCCUGGCAGCAGCAGGCAAUCAAUCAAAGAGUAUCUUGGCAGGGUUUUGCUCCACAAAAACAAAACAAAACAAAACAGCUCUCUUCCCCAUGGCCUUUCCCAGAGUCCAAUAUUCUACCAUGAGAAAUCUUUUGGGAGCUUAAAGGCUUACCUGUCUCCCAGAGCUCUCAGGGAACAUUCAGAUUCUCCUGAAAGGGGGAACAAAAGAUAGGAGGGGCCCCAAUGGGGUGGCACCCUGCUGUUAGGAGUGUGUGGACACUAUGUGGGGGCCUCAGUCAUUGCACCGGUUUCCCUUGCAGAUGUGACUGGCUCCGUGGUUCUUGGAAUUACUCUGGGGCCACUAUCUUACCUUGUUCAUCUCAGACUUUUUGUUUCACCGAUUUUGAAUAAAGGAUCUAUCAUUGUUAUUUUCAGUAAA